AUGGAUCCUUUGUUAACCAAAAUUGAUAGUGAUUCUUCAUCAAAUGAUGAACACAAAAUCAGCAUUACAGUCAAUGAGGAUUCCUCAUCACGACCACAUGAGGCUGAGAAUGUUGAACGGUGUAACUGUAACCCAUGCACAGGAUCAAGUGUUUGGUCUAUUCUCGAGUUUCUUCUCAACUUGGUACAAGUUCUUGCAGCCAUAUUUGUCAUGACUCAAGCAAAAGAUGAACAUCCAGAAACAAUGUUUCUUGUAUGGAUCAUUGGUUACACAUGUGGUUGUGUUUUCAUUCUACUUAAUGAUCUUAUAGUCUGUGAUUUCUCAAGUGUCGACGAGGACGACAUGAGCACUUUGAAGAAGAUCCUUGUAUAUUUCUUGGUGGGUUGGUUUGUGCUACUAAUAUGGAUUUAUUCUAGCAGUGUAUCAUCUCUAUAUGAUCAUACUCAACAUUUCUGGUUAAGUAUGGGUUUUGUGGCUUUCACUUGCACAUAUGUAGGACGAGUCAAUGCAAUAUUUUCACUGGUCGCUAUAGAGAUUCUUGAUAAAUAUUCUUGA